AUACACUAUAUUGCCAAAAGUUUUGGGACACCCCUCCAAAUAAUUGGAUUCAGGUGUUCCAAUCACCUCCAUGGCCACAGGUGCAUUCAAACUGCUUCUACAAACAUUUGUGAAAGAAUGGGUUGCUCUCAGGAGCAAAGUGAAUUCAACUGUGGUACCCUGAUAGGUUGCCACCUGUGCAAGUCCAUCCUCAAAAUUUCCUUGCUACUAAAUAUUUCAUGGUCAACUGUUAGUGCUAUUGUGAUAAAGUGGAAGCAACUUGGAACAACAGCAACUCAGCCACAAAGUAGUAGGCCAUGUAAAAUGACAGAGCGGGGUCAGCGCAUGCUGAAGUGCACAGUGUGCAGAAGUCACCAACUGUCUGCAGAGUCAAUAACAAAAGACCUCAAAAUUUCAUCUGGCCUUCAGAUUAGCACAACAACAGUGCAUAUAGAGCUUCAUGGAAUUGGUUUCCAUGACUGAGCAACUGCAUCCAAGCCUUACAUCACGAAGUGCAAUGCAAAGGGUCGGAUGCAGUGGUGAAAAGCAUGCCACCACUGAUCUCUAG